AUGAAUGAUCAAAGGGCUGAAGCACGGGAUUUUAUCGUAUGGUGUGCCGAUGAUUUAGGGAAUGACAUUGAACUUGGAAGAUACCGCACACGCAAAGAUGCAGAGAAGGCUAUGCAACAACAUAUUCAACAGCACAAUCAACAAAAUCAAUUUCAAAGCUACCGCAUAGUCGAUACAAAUCUUGGAUACAAAGUUGUGAAAAGAUAG